UAACAAUUUUCAAUUGCUCUGGUUGGCUGCUCAAAGGCUGAGCGCCAACGUGCAAUGUUUACGUUGUCGUGACCGUAAAGAGUACAGACAAUUCCUCGAUAGUAAGCGUUUUUCCGACGGAAAGCAGUGUUGUGUGUAGAAUAACGGCCAUGGAAUUGAAGUGUGCAUAUCAGCAGUAUGACUGGGGAAAAUUUGGGCUCAACAGCAAAGUGGCAUCUCUUCUAAAAUGUGCAGAACCAGAACUGAUAAUAGAUGAAAACAGGCCAUACGCUGAACUUUGGAUGGGAACUCAUCCCAAUGGCCCAUCUAUUGUGAAAAGUACUGGUGAAAAAUUAUUGGACUGGAUCGAAGGCAAUUCACAGGCACUAGGUAGAAAAGUAGUAUCAUCAUUUGGUAUUCAGUUGCCAUUUCUUUUUAAAGUAUUGUCAAUCAACAAAGCCUUGUCUAUUCAGGCUCAUCCCACCAAGGCUCAUGCUGAAAUACUACAUCAGAAAUAUCCAGAUCUGUAUAAAGAUCCUAAUCACAAACCUGAACUAGCCAUUGCACUAACAGAUUUUGAAGCACUGUGUGGAUUCCGACCAGCUGAGGUUGUCAAAAAUUUUAUGAGACAUGUUCCUGAACUGAGAGAAGUUUGUGGGCUAGAAGUAACUUCUCAGUUUUUAUGUAGUGAACAAAAGGAUGCAGAGCAUAACCUUAAAGUAUGUUUCACUGCUCUGAUGAAAUGUGAACCCAGUAAAAUAGAAAAACAGCUGUCACACCUGCUGGAAAGACUUGACACAUUAGAUGAUGACACUAGAACAUUGAUAAAUGGUGAUUUGUUUAGACGAUUACAUAUGCAGUUUCCUGGAGAUGUUGGAUGCUUCUCCAUAUAUUUGCUCAAUCAUAUUAUUUUGAAACCCGAGGAAGCCAUAUAUUUAGGACCUAAUGAACCACAUGCGUAUCUUUCUGGUGAUUGUGUAGAAUGUAUGGCCUGUUCUGAUAAUGUAGUCCGUGCUGGACUUACACCUAAGUAUAAAGAUGUUGACACUCUUUGUAAUAUGCUGAAUUAUAAAGGAGCACCAGCUGGAGACAAAUUAUUUAAGCCGAUUGGAGAAGAUGUAUAUACACAAGUAUACAAGCCACCUGUUCCAGACUUUGCUGUUGCCAAAAUAUCUGUGCCGGCAGAAAAAUCCAAUUAUAAUCUCAUUCGUCGAGACUGUGCCAGCAUUUUGAUAGUAAUUGAGGGAGAAGCCAAUACGAACCUACUGGCACUGAGAAAAGGUACUGUUUUAUUCCUCCGAGAGAAUCAGGAAUUGACAAUUCAGAAGGUCACUAGAGGGAAAGGUAUUACAUUGUACCAAGCUUUUUGUAAUGUGUAGAAUGAAAAGGAAGUAUCAUUCAUUGCACAUCACUGUAAAAGGCUGCAUAGAAAUGUAGUAUUGUGCUAAGUGUAAAUUUUAUGCAGUGACUUUGUAAUAACUUACAGUUCACAGUACUUUGGGUAGUGCCAUAUAAAUGAUUGAAACCGUAUUUUAGUAUAACUUGUACAGAUGCAUUGUGUAUUUGUUAUAUAUCUAUCUCAUGAUCCUUAUCAUGUACUACACUCUGUUCAGUUGCUAAAAUUUGCAUUCCAGUGUUGUAUAACUUUAAGUGUAAUUUUUGUCUCAGGUAAAAUCUGACAUCUGUAACUGCAUAUGCAAAUGUGUCAGGCUGUGGAAGUAGUAAGCAUUCACUUCCCACACAGGUUGUAGAUUCAAACUGAAUUAAUAUUGACAAAACAGGUUUUUUUCGUAUAACUGUGCCAAAAACAGUGAAUUACAAAUUUUGAAAUUUACACUUAUUUUUUAGCUAUAUACGCAAUUUACGCUUUGGUUUUUUUCUAUGUGUCAUACUAUAUUAAUAUUUGAUGAUAGUGAUUUAACUAUUCUGGGUUAAGAAUUUAGAUAGUUGUAUAUGACAUAGUUAUCAGAAAUAAGGCAGUAUGUUUAUAUAUAUAUUUUUUAAAUUCAAAUAACUUUAUGCAUUUUUAAGAAAUUUUUUUAAACAGAUGUGUGCAGUCAAGUCAGUCAUCUGUCUUGUAGAGGAGAUACUGAUCACUGGACGGGCACACAAACGAAUGAACUUUGUAAUUCAGCUCUCAGAGUUGCAGUGUUCUUCAGAGCAAAGAGCAUGCACAUUUAUAUGCAGCCUUCAGGAAAUGCAUCUAUAUUUCAGAGAGUUGCAGAAUGGUUAUUAAAAAUGUACUCUGAUAAAAAAUGAUGCGUUUAAGAAAAA